CCGCGGGCCUUUAGACAAGGAGGACGUCGGCUUCUACUGUAGUACAGUCAUCAGAUAUUAAACCAUGGCACCUUUCUUACACCUGGGCUGUUGGUGGGGGGCCGUUCUCAAGUUGAUUUGUUUGUUCACCUGUUUGACAGCGCCAAGUGUCCACGGCAAGCUUCAGCUGAAGGACGUCAACCAGACGGACACAUCUGUGACCAUCACCUGGACAACACCACAAGAAAUUUUGAAAGAAAUCGACAAAUUUCGUCUGGUCAUCUCCCAGGAGCGGGAUGGCUUCAGUACAAACUAUAUUUACGCCCUGCAUGACGAUCCAGAAUGUUCCUUACGUCUGUCCAGUUGUGUACUCGGCAAUUUGAGGCCUAAUACACCGUACAAGGUCAAGAUCACAAUCCAUUUAAAUAACAACAGUACGUGGAUGUUGAGUGGGGAGAGGAUGAUCAAUACACUUCCAGCCAGACACGCCCAUGCCCAUAUCGACAUGGAAUGGUGGCUGACGUUUGUUGCUGCUCCUUUAAUCGUCGGCUGUUUGCUUUUCCUGGGUGCAGCCGUCUUAUGCUGUCGGAUAUGGCACUGCUGCUGCUGGAGAAGGGGGACAACUCAUACAGACCACCAGAUAGCUGAGAACAGUUCUUCCGCUUCUUCAGAUAAAUUCAGGAGGUCUGAAAGUCACGCUACUCGCCAGUGGGUCAACGACACAUUCAGAGCUAUUGACCCAGACCCUCCAUCAACUUACGAUCGCCCUGUUGUCGACUACAACUCCAGCUAUGAACUUUCCCAUAAUUCCUCUUCUACUACUGUAAUUGGUCUUACGAGAGAGCUUCAAUCUAGUUUCAAGAUGAAAGGUAAAACUAAAACUUCAACAGGAAUUGGAAAGCCGGCGCCAUCUGUGCAGCCGCCACCGGUACCUUCCACCGAACCGCUCUCAACGCCGACUCACUACUUAAACACAACCGCGGCGUUGAAACAUCCAGAGAGCGCAUCACAAAACUUGUACGAAAAUAGACAUAUUGUGUCGCCUAAACAGCUUCCUUCCGGUAGUCGAAUCCCACAGGAACAAAAAGUAUCGAGCGCCGCUCUCUACACGAAUACUGAAGAUCUGGACAAACUGUUGGGGAAUUCCCGGAAAAUGUUUACUAUGCUGUAGUGUACGUCUAAUAGUUAAACAAAAAACAAAUAAGCUAAAAAAUAAUAAUUAUGUCACCAAAGCUUUCAAUAUGUGAAAAUGUCUCAACGGUUUGUUUUUUAAAUCGCCCGAUACUCCAUACAAGGAAGUAAAGUACCAAAGUACGAUGGAAAGAUAAAGAAGAGUUUUUGUAAAACAGACGUUUAUCUGUGACUUAUGAGUGUGCCCAUCCGCCUUUCAUAGCCUUAUGUCAGUUACUGGACAAAGCUGGAUUCAGUCCUAUGGGCUUUAGCAAGAUGGGAUUUGGUUAAUCUGAUGCUUUAGGACGUAUGAUUGUUGCUUGCCCAGAAAUGUCGUCAU